GAUGUCACCGGGCGCUAUGACACCAUCUACUGGAUGAAGGACAACCUGUCUCUGGUCCUGAACAACACCUUGAACUCUGACAUAACCAUCUCUAAAAACUCUCUGCACUUCAGUCCAGUCAAGGUGUCUAACGAUGGAAACUAUCAGUGCGUUGCCACCAACCUCUUUGGUCCACACAUCAGCCCUAAAUACCAGCUACUGGUGAACUAUGGCCCUCUGAGUGUGAACGUCUCUGGCCCAGGCUUAGUGGUGAUUGGCUCAGUAAUCCCUGUCAAUCUGAAGUGCUCAGCCGACUCCCGGCCAACCAGCGAGUACCGAUGGAAAUACAACAACCAAUCAUUGCCCGCGACUGGUCCUUUGAUGGCUGUAGGCGUCUCCUUGAAAAAUGCAGGGAUAUACACCUGUGUGGCCAAGAACUCUCUAACUAACAUCUCAAUGUCCAAGACCAUUAGUCUGGAUGUCACCGGCCACUCACCUGUCCCUCCAUUCCAGUCCAGAGUUGGUCUGAUGUUGAUGGGCCUUGUAGCUCUCUCUCUGCCUCUGAUCAACCACUGAGACUACCACACUGCACGUCUGCUGGCUGGGAGCCAAUCACUCCCUUCCCUCUACCCUCACUGACUCCCCUCGAUGAUCUGAAAAAGGACUGGAUAGAAAUAAGUGGUAUUGUCAAUAUUGUAAUUGCCCCAUCUUGCCACUAUAGGGCUGGGUUUAGUAUGCUCAGCUCCUUCCCAAUGCUUUUACAUUGUGAGGAGAGAGUCAACAAGAGAUCAGAUGGGAGGGGUCUAUCCCCUUAGAAUAGAACCCACCUCGACAGUGUGUUUUUAUGUCAAUCAUCUCUAUAAACUGAUAUUCUUUUUAAAAACUGGUCUUCAACAAGGUAAUUGAAGGGGCAAACAUCCACUGCUCAGUUGUGCUGCCUAUUUCUGUUUCUAAUUAAAUGUUCUUAGAUAUUCA